GCGCGCGCGCGCCGGUUAUAGCACCCGGCGCGAGCGUUGCACGCGCGCGCGCGCGAGCCGGCCGAGCUCCUCCGUUCCCGCCUUUUUUUUCCCGCGCUCUCACGCGCGUUGGCUAUGCAAACCGCCGAGUACAAAGAACCCCGGCAGCAGCAGCAGCAGAAUCCCACACCAGCAUCACGAGAAGCUGACGACGCGUUGUGCAAACGUCGAGGAAGUCAUUUGCUCGGUGCAAGCCUUUGCCUGCGACCACUGACUGCGUUGUUGUAGCUCGCGCGGCAUGCCUAAAUAAAAAUAGCAAACGCAAGAAAAAAACCACACACACACAAUAGCGGGGCGCGAACGCCGUAGGUACCCGUUAUUCACAACAAUGGACGAGCCGAGAGACUUUCUGAACGUUGCGUUAAACGAAGAAUACAAAUAAUAGUCCUUAAGUUGUCUUCUCGCGCGGUUGGAGAUGAAUGUUCGCCAUGCGCAUGCGGACGAAUCUGCUGACGGCGUGCGCCGUCUCGCUGCUGGGGCUGCUGCUGCUCGCCAGGGACCCGGGCGGAGCGGGCGGCGCGAGGCGCCGGGGGGGCCAGGGGACCAGGGCGGCCGCCGACAGGCGAGACAUGAGGGGCCUCCAGAGAGCCCGUGUCGGCAACAUGAGUGCGAGUGGUGAGAGCAGUCACUGGCCCGUGGAAGGAGCGCAAGGGUGGCACUUCAACCUGUCCCUCGCCAUGCACAUACGCAAGGACAUCCUCAAGUUCCUGGACGCGGAUCGCGACGUGUCAAUUCUGCAGGCCCAGGUACAGCCAGGCGACCUGGUGCACUACAUCUUCGACCGCGGGCGCACCACUAACGUAUCACACAGCCUGCAUGCCCUGCUGCCCACGGCGCCGCCACUCAGGGGUGGUCGCUAUGGCUCCUGUGCCGUCGUCGGAAACUCUGGCAUCCUUGAGGGCAGCGCGUGCGGCGAGGAGAUUGACCAACACGACUUUGUCAUCCGCUGUAACCUGGCACCAGUGGAGGGCUACGAGCGUGACGUAGGCUCGCGCGUCGACUUCGUCACCAUGAACCCGUCGGUGGUGGAGCGCACGUACGGCGGCCUGCGCACGAAGGCCGACCACGACCGCUUUGGCCGUCGCCUGCGCGCCCUCAACAGCAGCAUCCUCUGGAUCCCGGCGUUCAUGGCCAAAGGUGGAGAGCAGCACGUGGAGAUCGUCAACAACCUGCUGCUGACCUUGGGCCUCCCUCUUCGAGCCGCCUUCCCCAGCCUCAGGCUGAUGCACGCUGUGCGGGGUUACUGGCUGACCAACAAGGUGUACAUCAAAAGACCCACGACCGGCCUGCUCAUGUACACGCUGGCCACCCGCUUCUGUCGCGAGAUCCACCUCUAUGGCUUCUGGCCCUUCCAGUACAACAUCGCUGGCAAACCCGUGCGCUACCACUACUAUGAGGGCCUUCGGUACCGCUACCGGUCGCGUGCCGGCCCACACACAAUGCCGCUCGAGUAUCGAACGCUGCACCGCCUCCACUCUCUCGGUGCCCUCAAGUUGACUACGGGGAAGUGUACUGGUCGUUGAUCAGCGUGAUGUGUAGGAGCGACCCAAAGCACGGGGAGAGAGAAUUGCACGUGAGGAUCAUCAAAGGCCCCUCGUCAUCAUAAGGUGCUAAUCUGCACCUCUGAUUAGCACGGUUGGCUGCGCACGGUGCGAAAGAAGUUCAACAUGAAUAUAUAAGUAUAAGUGGAAGGUGCACUCUUUUGAGGGUCUGUCAUACAGUGUUUUGUGGAAGUGUGUUACAAUUGGUGCAGAGGUGAGUGGUGCAAAAUGCAGGUAAAAGAACUGAUGAAAAUAAGAUAUCAGCACGUCUUUUCCAAGCGGAAAAAGUGAGAGCUGCAAAUAGGUUUUGUGACCGCUGGCUGCUUAACAGAGAGGAAGUGUAGAUGUGAAACUGAGAAUAAUUGACUUCCCAGAUGAGCACCGUAUGGAUUCACAAACACGCGUUGUCAACCUUCAGCCCGGUCAGUGUGCUGGCAUAUGGGGACAGAAGCCAUAUUAUACAUUGGGAGUUGUUACUCUGCACGUGAGAGGUGAUCUACGAGUGAAUACUUACUCAUUGUCUUUGACUAUGAAGCAUAUCUGUAAAUCCUGGAAAAAUAUCCAGAAUGUAAAAGAACUUUUAUCUUCAAAUUCAGCUCACAAUGAGUGCCAGUGGGUCACAGACAUCAAUCGCUUUUACUCCUUAGCUCAGCAGUUUAGUUCAGGCCCUUUAAAGCUCGUGCACACGACGUGUAAUUUUUGUGCACGGAACUAGCGGGUGCCUUUGUGUGCUUUGUAUAGCGUCGCCCACCUUGUCCUGCUGAGGGGUGUGCUCUACCAAACCAUGCACACAGCAAUCGAUGUGUAUGGGGUUCCUGAGGAGGGAGUGGCUUGCCGUGACGGGAAUAUAUGGAGAAAUAAUGCUCCUUGUGUUUGGGGUUGAAGGAAAUGGUUUUUGGUUUUACCCUCGUACACAUUUCACAUGUUCCUUCGUGUAAUUUUGUAAAGUGUGCACUCACCAACGGUAAUCUCAAAUAGUGAACACGGAUAUAUUUUUUUGAGGUAAGUGCUAAUCUCUGUCCUGUGCUGCAAAGAUGAUGAGAUUGUGCAUUAUAUAUUUAUUUGGUGACAAAACCUUUUAGUUGUUUACAUUUCAGACCAAACACAUUGACCACUGCUUAGCAAUGGAAACACUGUUCUUACACCCGAAUACACCAAAUAACACCAAUACAGUGACAUUACUCUUAGUAAGUAGCAACUUUCUUUUUUGUAAGUCAGUAAUAACAUUGUUAUUACUCUAUAUUCAUUUGAUAGCUUAAUUUAAGUUGGGUACCUUAAUCUAUUAGUGUGCUCAGGCUAUUUUACCUUCAUAUAAAAACAAAGGAGAAGUUUUUGUUGUGAGAGUGAAUUUUCACUGUUUGGUAAGAUUAUUAAGUCAAAAUUUGUAUCCAGCAUUUGGUUAUUUGACUAACGACCAAUAACAAUCUUUGUUUAUUACGUUCAUUGUAGAAGUAAACUUUUCUGCAAUUUUACCAAAAUGUUAGCCAUCCAAUUACAGGGUCAUUUUGACAAUUCGGUGUAUGCUUGUGGUCUCCCUUCUUCACAAUGUGAUAAUACGUUUGUAUAUAUUACGUACUGCCUUCAUGCGAAGACAAGUGUUAGCCACGCGUCUUAAUAAGAUGUCACUUGUGUAGACGUGGGCACAGAGGUAGGGUCAAGCGCAUGGCGCUGUAUUCAGAGUACAGAAUACAACGGACUUUUUUUUGUCCCCCCCCCAUUGGCAGCGUUCGCCCCAAAAUAUGCUCCCCGCCACGUACAAUGGCGUUAUUAAACAGGGUUGGCAAUGCAUGGUGCACUGGGAUUUCGAUACGAAAAAGUUUUUCCUCUGCCGCCCCCCAUAGUCUAGAACUCCCCUUUCCCCAGCGGUCAGUGGUCUCAACCCCCUAGCCCCUGUUCAAGUCCAGGCUCAAGACCUUUUUUUUGCCUCUGCCUACGACUGACAGUUUCAAACAAUUAAUAUGCUCACUGUUCCGUAUACUGUCUUGAGAUAUGGUCGCAUUUAAAUGCUAUAUAAUAAAUUCAAAGUGUGUUGUAUUGUAAAGCUCUUGCUGGAAAUAUGUACGUGUUUGAAGACUGACUGAGUAGCAUUAGACAUUGGUAGUGUUUAGUUGUUUUGUACUGUGAAAAUGAGUAGACGCUCGUGUCCCUGUUUUUUCAUAUGAGCCUGUCGUGCAGGCGGCUCAGGUGUUAGUCCGAGCAACAAAGCUGCAACUGCAAUACACCUCAGGUGCAGUAUCACCUUGACUGGGUGUUUAUGAGGACCAUUGUUGAAUGGAUUGUAAGCUUAAAGGAAAUUCUCUGUUAUGUCUGUAAUGCAGAAACACACUGUGUAGAUAGAUUCCCUGUAACAUCAAAAGAGCAACAGGAUAUGUUUUAUUACAAUAGAACGUACACCAUGCCUUCACGGAUCAGUGAGCGUGAGCUAAACUGGCAUUGUCGCCUGCUGCAAGUCUGCCUUGAGCCGUGCUCGUGAGCCGUCUCACUGCCAGCGGCGCAUGAUGUUCCCUGCUAGCACCCCUCACCGUUUUACGAUUGCCUCUUUUGGGGGAACUCAAAUGUAGAGCCCUUGCUGGGGAGGGUAAGACCAGUCGUGGUUCAAUACAACGCAGAGACUGGGGGGUGCCUGUGGAGACACUGAUCAAUUAAGCCACGACAGUGCAACAUCUCUUAGAAAUAUGAGGAAGAACUGUAUCUGAUAUCUGUAAAGACACUACCUAAAACAAAGGUAGCUUGAUAUUACUUAGGGUGGGUUUUCCAGGCUGACGUGGGUGAAGUGCCACUAAUGAGACAUAGACAUUUAAAUUAUGGUCUCGCGCAGUAGUUCCCAACCUGUGGUCAGGGGUCUCCAAGGCCUUGGGAAGUGGUCCGUGGACCUGCUGCAGAUGUUACGAUUUUUUUCACUAAACACCAUAUUUUAGAAAUCUUGACUUAAAGCUUUCGUGACUGCAGGAAUUCAUAUUCUUAUUUUUUACUGCGUGGUGGUCUGCAAAAACGUUUUGAGUGUUGGAAGUUGUCCGCUUGUCCAUGAAGCUUGGGAACCACUGGUCAGGCGUAUAGUUCAUUGCACUCUUGUGAUGUCGCAUCGUCAGUGUUGGGAUAUUACCAAGGCGCUGUGACAGUGUGCAUGAUCGUUGCGUUUAAGCCUUUUUUUCCCUCAGUAAUGCAGCUUAUAAUUGUGUCAGAGGUUAAUGUAAUUCUUGUUCAGGCGAAAAGGCAGUUCCUGACCAUCUUCUGUGGAAAAAUACUGGCAAAUUAAGACUUUAACUUAUUUUACAGAUUUUAUUCCAAAAACUGGGACAACUGCUUUUAUCAAAACAUUAAUUGUUCCUAAUGUUUUUGUUGAAUAUUACUGUUUUCGCAUUGGCUUUGUCUUAGACCAUUUCUUUCAUCUCAUUUGAAUAUUUUUGUUAUUCCAAAAUGAAUCGGUGGAAAAAAUUGACCUCUUUUGAUGUAUUCAGUGUUUUUAGAGGUCAUGGAUUUAAAAAUCCAAACUUUGUAGUAACUAGCCUUUGAACAUCAGCAAAAUCUAAGAAGGGGUCCAAGCUGGUAUCGCCUGAUAUAUGGUUAAAAUUAAUUGCUCAUUAAAAAACUGAACAUGAUGCAGAGGUUGUAGUUGAAUAUGUGUGGUUUAUGCUGCCAUUAGAAUAUUUGAAUCAAACAUCAGUUAUUAUGAAGCUAAUGCAGAGGUUUUUUUGCAUGGGAAGUGAAGUUCUGGCAUAAUUCCUGAUUGGUUGAAGUGCUACAUUAAUCGAAUGUUCACAUUAUUGGUUUAAAAGGUAUCAGCUGGUUUACUUCCACGCAAUGUCAAACUCAAGGUCAGUGUUGAAGUAAAUCUGCCAGAGGCAACUGGAGGUAGUGGAUGUACAGUCCUUGAGAAAAUCGCCACACAGUACCAGAUCUCGUGAGACCUUUCUGCCUAUUCCACAAGAGCUUUAGCUUCAGAUAUUGCCAUUUUACAAGGAGUGCCAUAUCCUACCAUGCCUCUCAAUACUCCCAUUAUUGCUCUGGAAGUGCGCAAGUGUAGUUUGAGUUGGCACCCACACGAGCCAGCCAGCGAGAUAUUAUUAUUACCUUAUCCAUUGCAUGCAGAAAAAUCAAUUAGUCUUCGUAUUUUGUAAUUGGCUUAUUUUUAUUGAAGCAAUAACCACUGCCUGCAAGCCUAAUAAUGAUGUAAAUAAUGCCAUUUAUUUAUCUGGUAAUGCCUCGAGGACAUUUUUCAAUUUGCUAUUUAUGCUGUUAAAACCCAAACAUCGGUGUAUAGGGUAAAGUGGAGAAACCAAUGUCAAUGUUUAUAUUGCAGAACAACCUUGCACCUGGAGGAAGUGGGGUUAUGAAUACGCGUCUGUUUUUAACGCUCGAAGACGAACAUCACUGUUAAAAAAAAAAAAACUCGUAUGCCUUAUAGUCUUAAGACUUUUACAAUGAUCCUGCAUUGGGAUGUUUGACCUAUUACAUUUUAAGGAGUAUUUGCUUGUGUAAGGAAACUGGAGUACACACAUAGGAGGGGGUAAUUCUAAAAAGUCUGUGCAGAUUGGUUCACGAAUCCGUUUGCUGAUAUGCCAUCUCUUCAUCACCUCGCAGCGGGUAAGGGAGUUUCACAAUUCUACUUGAUACACCAAUCUGUACUCAAAGCAUUGGAUCACAGGUGUGCACCACCAUCCUUGAGUUUAUUUAAAUGUGCGCUUCUCGAAGCAUCCAGUUCCAUGUGCUUCACAGUUUGGCGUCACUUGUGCAUUGCACUUUUUACGGAAACUCAUCACAUAAAUCAUAGAACACGUGAUUUAAUGGCAGCCCUGGUAUUUUUGUUUAAUUAAUGUUCCACAUUUUAUUUGGCAAAAUAUUGAUAUUUGUUGGGUAUCAGAUUCCUGAAACGUUGCUUUACGGUUGCUACUCAAGAAUUAAGCAUGUUUGCUGGAGGUGGGGUCACGACAUGCCUUUAAGGACUUUGCCUUUAAUUUAUGUGCAAUGGUUGUCAAAAACUUAAAUAUUUUGUUAACUUUUCGUAACUUUAUUUUAUAGUCGACAAACCAUUGUCUCCAUAAUAAACAGCAUAAGACUACCAUGUUAACAAAAACAUAGUAAAUAUUGCACAGUGGUGCGUCGCGUGUGAAUAGCUGCCCACUAUGCGGGCUUGGCCGGCUGCCAUGACCACCGCUGCCGUGGCUACGGUUGGUUGCCACGGAAACCCAACCCCGGGCCCGUACUAGCCCUGGCCUUUAGUGGCUUAAUGUGACCUUUUUUAUGUUUUCAUUUUUAAUAAUAAGGGAUCGGAGCAGUUGUUGCAGCUUUAUCAUAUACGCUGUGGGCGAAGCUGAUACAUUUUUGGCACGUGAGAAAAAAAACGUUACGCAAGUGGCGUGGGAAGUAUUCUAAGCCCCCUGCGAAGACAUUCUGUAAAAUCAGGCCAUCAUUUUUACAGGAGUUUUAAGUGGACUAAGUGUGUUUAAUUGUCGGCGCUUUAUUUCUAAGGCUGGUGAAGUACUUGGUGUUUGUGAUGGCUUUGGAAAAUAAAGAAUUUAAAAAACC